UAUGGCUUCAGGAUGUGGAAAGAAAAUUAAGUUAUGGAAUUUUAAAUUUGGGUAGAUUGAUGAGUUCGCAUAGUUAAAUGGACAUGAAGAUUUGAUUACAUGCCUACUUUUUAGUUAAAACAAUAGAAACCUAAUUUCAGCCUCUCAAGAUUUCUAACUUAGAUUAUGGAGAGAAAAUAAUAAUUUAUAAUGGAUUAGCUCUUAAGCAUUUUAAGAACAUUUAGGCAGCAUCAAUUGUUGUAUUAUGAAUUAAUCUGAGAGUUUUCUUAUUACAGGGAGUGAUGAUUAAACAAUUAAAGUAUGGAGAUAAACUUUCAUUAAAAUUUAUUGAUGCAUCAAUAUCCUUUGAA